GGAUUAAGGAUUACUUUGAUCGGUGGGUAUAUUGUUGAUAAUUUAGCGUCAAAUUGACAGAGAAAAUGUUUCGAAAUCUACCUAAACGUUUGUUAGCGCGCAAAAGUGUACUGAGAACCUUUCGAUGCGUUAAAUUCGGUACCAACGAUGCCGUGGACCCCCCGGAAGAUUUCAUAGUGAACCCGAAAAAGGAUCGCCAAAACGAACCUUUCGAGCAAAAAAAGAAACGCUUGCUGUACCAAUCCAGCAAAAGGGGGAUGUUGGAGAACGAUUUGAUCAUCGGUUCUUUCGCCAAAAAGUAUUUGGACACGUUUACAGAAGAAGAGGUCGAUGAGUACGAUAAAUUGAUUAACAUACCGUCCAACGAGUGGGUUCUUUACUAUUGGGCUUCGGGGUUAAAACCUGUACCGAAAGAAUUCGACGGAAAAAUCAUGAAACUUUUGAAGGAACAUUGCAAAAACACUGGGCAAGAAAUCAAGAGAAAAACUGCUCUGGGUACCAUCGGUUUAAUAUGAAAUGUUGUUAUUUAAGAAACUGUAUUCAGGAUGUAGCUUUUAGAUCCUGUUUCGCAAUUUAAUAUAAAACUGCA